AUGGCCACAGCGGCGUCCAGCCCCUACACCCUGCUCAGCUCCAGCCCCAUGCUGCAUGCGGACAGCCAGGCCAUGCAGCCCGCCAGCCCCUACAGAAGCCACCACAAACUGCUGCAGAGCGACUACGGACACGCGCUGGGACACCAAUGGGAGGGCAGCCCCUGGUCUGGCUCUAUGGAGCAGCAGGACGUGAAGCCAGGCAUCAUCCACCACCACUCCCCCCAUCACAACACCCACAACAGCCACCCGGGCGCAUGGGGCAGCCCCGUGACCCACAACAACAUGUCCUACUCUCAGACGGGCUUCUCUGUGAACAGCAUCAUGGAGCCCGGGGGCCAGGGCAUGCACGGGGGCCUCAGGGACACCCUGAGCCCUGAGCACGGGGACCUGGGUCCGCACCACUGCCACGACCACUCGGACGAGGAGACGCCCACCUCGGACGAGCUGGAGCACUUUGCCAAGCAGUUCAAGCAGCGGCGCAUCAAGCUGGGCUUCACGCAGGCAGACGUGGGGCUGGCGCUGGGGACUCUGUACGGGAACGUGUUUUCUCAGACCACCAUCUGCAGGUUCGAGGCGCUGCAGCUGAGCUUUAAAAACAUGUGCAAACUCAAGCCGCUGCUCAAUAAGUGGCUGGAGGAGGCCGACUCGUCCACGGGCAGUGCCAGCAGCAUAGACAAGAUCGCAGCUCAGGGUCGGAAGAGAAAGAAGCGCACAUCCAUCGAGGUGAGCGUCAAAGGGGUCCUGGAGACGCACUUCCUCAAGUGUCCCAAACCCUCCGCGCAUGAGAUUACGUCUCUGGCGGACUCCCUGCAGCUGGAAAAGGAGGUGGUGCGUGUGUGGUUCUGUAACCGGCGGCAGAAGGAGAAGCGCAUGACGCCUCCGGGAGAACCGCCACCGCCGCACGAGGGACCCUACUCCCACGGAGACGCCUCGUGCCAUGACCUCUGA